AUGGCACCACCUUCUCACCCAUCACCAGAGAUUGUCCAACCUUGCAGCGUUAUGCCAAGGUAUGUGUUCGAAAAAGGCUUGAGAAAAGUCCUACCGUACUAUGUGAACUACCAAACCCACGCGAAACAGAGAUGGGUGGGCCGUACUUUGGUCGAAACUUACGUGAACGAUUUUGGCGAGCCUUUAGACGGUGUCAUCAACGAUAUACACCAAGGUAAGCUACGUGUUGUUACAAACGUAGGGACAUCUCUUCCGAGUAAUGCAAUAACUGACCCUGAAACUCUAUUGCAAAGGAAAGUUGAUAGUAAGGAUGUAGUUUACCAUUUGAAACACAAGCACGAGCCAUCCAUACCUUGGCAGGAAGAGGUUCCAAUUGUUUUCGAGGAUGAUGAGAUUAUAGUCGUCAACAAGCCAUCUGGAGUUCCCACGCACCCAUCCGGUAAUUAUAUGCGAAACAGUCUCUCGGAAAUAGUGAAGGAGAUGUAUAAAUUCGAUUCUAUUUGGACGUGCCAUCGACUAGACAAGGUGACCAGCGGAGUUCUCAUAUUGUGCAAGACUCGAGAUUCGGCAAUCAAGUUCCUGAACUUACUCCAGGAUAAAAAGAACAAGGUAAAGAAGAUAUACCUAGCGAGAGUGAAGGGUGAAUUUCCUUCUCGUGAACUACUGUACAAGUGCCCCAUAUUCGCCGUCAAUAUGAAUGGGUAUUUACAACCGGGAGAUUUAGAGAAUUUACAAGCAGACACAACAACAAUGUUUCAAAGAUUACUGUACAACAGGAAGUUGAAUGAAAGCAUUGUACAGUGUCAACCGAUAUCGGGAAAGUUUCAUCAAAUUAGGAUUCAUUUGAGGAAUUUGGGAUACCCGAUUUCCAAUGACCAAUUUUAUGAUCCAGAUGAAGCAUCCGGGACCUACUUUGCAAAAUCAAAGUUGGAGCUUUCUUUGUAUGAAAGAUUGUUCCGAGCAUACCCGGUGUUUCGAGAAGCUGCAGCAUUAGGAAGACAGCAAACUGGUCCAAAUUCUCUCGAUUUGUUGAAGGUUAUCCAAUCGAGCACUGAUUUGAACAUACAGAAACAACUAAGGGAUCUUAAGCGUGCCCAUUCCGACAAUUUGAUGUCGAGAAAGUCAGCUGUUUGUACUGAAUGCAAACGACCAUUGUUUGAUGAGGACCACGUGGCAAAUUCUUCAAUUUACUUGCAUGCACUACGCUUCGAAUACGACAAGCACAUCUUUGAAACCGACUUCCCUUCAUGGGCAACAAUAGACUAG